GUCUGUUAGGUCUGAUUGUUGGUCUCGCUAAAUUGCCCUUAGGUGUGGAUGGUUAUUUGUCCUGCGGUGGACUGGCGACCUGUCCAGGGUGUACCCUGCUUCUCACCAGUAGACCGCUGGAUGAUCGGGUCACGUGUAGACUGGUUCACUUACAAUCUUAAAAAUGGUUGGCUAUAUAUUAUAUUUAUUUAUUAGACUCCUCAUUACUCACAAGGCUUGUAAAAUCUUAUGUUCAUUUCUUUUACCGAAGGCAACCAACUAAAGGAUUUGUAGAGAAGAGAGAGGCAGGUUCAGCGAUACUCUGAAAAUAAUGCCAGAGUGGGAGCUCCUGCUGUCACAUAAUCUCUUUUCGCCUGGUGGUGACGUUUCCCCUGUAACCGGUUAUAGAGCUGUAGGAAGUUAACAGCUGGCCAAACCUCCGACAUUCCUCCCGUCUGUCCCUGAAGGCAGCCGAACGGAGCCGUGAAUGAACCACGCACAUCCAUGCAUCUCCUGUGGCCGCGAUGGCAGCGACAGAAACGACGGCGGCAGCUAGCCCCCCCUUUUCUCGCCACUACAGGAGGAUGCUGAAGCUGUUCGGCGCGCUGGUUGUCUUCGGUCUGGCCCUGGCGUGUCUCACCUCCUGGUUGUUGGACAGCUAUGACACGGCUUGGCACCCUAAACGCAGCAUUCGGCACCCGGCUGUCAGUGAUGGAGGUGAAUCUAAAGAGAGCUCGCCACCAUUUCCCGGCGACGAGUUGAACAAUAUAUUCUGGUUUGUACAGGUGUCUGACAUUCAUAUCAGUCGGUUUCACGACCCAAGACGUAUUCCGGAUUUUGAGAAGUUCUGCAGCCACACCAUGGAGGUGAUCAAACCAGCUCUAGUGCUUGCAACAGGAGAUCUGACAGAUGCUAAAACUGAGAGUAAGGUGGGUUCCCUCCAGCAUGAGGUGGAAUGGCAGGCCUACCACAACGUCCUGAAGACAUCGCGAGUGAUGGAGCGCACCAAGUGGAUCGACAUUCGUGGAAAUCACGAUGCCUUCAACAUCAUUUCCUUGGACAGCGUCAACAAUUAUUACAGAAAAUACUCAGCCAAUCAGAAAGUAGGCUCUUUUCAUUAUGUUCACACAACCCCCUUUGGCAACUACUCCUUCGUGUGUGUGGAUGCCACCCUGACCCCGGGACCCAAGAGACCAUACAAUUUCUUCGGCAUCCUCAGUCAGACUCAGAUGGAUUUGCUGGACACGUUCAGAGCUGAGAGUCUGAGGAGCAACCAGUCGCUCUGGUUCGGCCACUACACCACCUCCACCAUCGUCUCCCCGUCUCCUGGAGUCAGAGACAUAAUGAGAUCUGCAGUAGCGUAUCUGUGUGGCCACCUGCACACACUUGGCGGCCUGAUGCCUGUCCUCCACAGCCGUCAUCCGCUCGGCACUCUGGAGCUGGAGCUGGGCGACUGGAUGGACAACCGCAGGUUCAGGGUCCUGGCCUUUGACCAUGACCUGCUGAGUUUCUCUGACCUCCAGUUUGAGCAGUGGCCUGCAGUACUCAUCACAAACCCUAAAGAUGCACAGUACCUCCACCCAGGGGUGGAGCCCCUGAGCCGGAUACGGAGAUCAACGCACAUUAGGAUCUUGGCCUUCUCAGAGGCUGCAAUCACUGCAGUUCACGUGAGCAUAGAUGGGGAAUCUUUGGGGAUGGGCCGCUCUGCUGGAGGUCCCCUCUAUGUUCUGCUGUGGGAGCCGUCCCUUUACCUCGCUGGGCUGCACACAAUCAGAGUUAAAGUGGAGGACUCAGCAGGCCGGUCAGUUGUGCGGGAGCAGCACUUCACGCUGGAGGACAGCCUGACUCCCACUUUCGGUUUUGCGCAGUCCUUCAUCCUGCUCACAGACCACUACAUCCUGGGACGAGCACUCUUCAUACUCACAGCGUUGCUGAAUGUUGGCGGGCUUAUCGCCUUCAGGUUCCUUCGUGUUCCCCCAAGCAGAGCACUUUUUUCCCAAAUAUGUAUAUCCCUCCACCUGAUCAGUAAAAUGGACUUCUUCUACUACCCUCUGCUGCUUUUCAACCUUUGUACAGCUUUAGGUCCGUGGUUCAUUGGAGAGCUGAUAGAUGGACACAGUGGCGCCUGCUUCGCCUUCGGAGUGUUCAUCGAUGGUCAUUUCCUGGAAGGAAGUCUCACUUAUGUUGUUGGAGUCUUUCAACUGCUGUUCUUCAACAUUCCCCUCACCUCUUACCUCUGCUGGAGCCUUCACCACCGUUGGCACGGCAACAGCCUACGAUCCCACUUUGUGCAGCCAGGCCGCCACGGUUGGACUGUGGCGGUGCACCUCCUCAUGCUGCUGCUGCUCACCUGGCAGGCUCACUCCUGCUACUUCCUCCUGCAGACCUACGGCGUCACUGCCUUUUUCUUGUCUCCCGUCCGUACGUGGGCCCUGGUGCUCAGCGUGGUUCUGGUCUACCGAGCCUGGACAGGCCCUGUCCCUCUGUUUCACGACAACAGCAAGAGCGACUCUUCCUCUUGACAGUAAUUACACUGUUGCACCCUGAGCCUGACUCACAGAUACAUUUUUCUGUCUCUCCUCAGCCUGAAAACCUGAAUUUUCCCCACUUGGCAACUCUUUACAAUUGUUUCUAGAUAGUAUCAUUUACUUCAUAUGCAUGUUCUUGUAAAGCACCGACGAGCACAUUUGUGGCCAUAUUCAAAACAGACCUUGGAUGCAUAAAGGUUUAAACACA